AUGGAUCAAAUAAAUAUUUAAUAAACCCUAAACCAGGGGUAACAAGUAAAGACUUAGCCAUAAUUCUUUCCAAAAAUUCUUUCGAUUUAACUUUAAUAAUUCUAACAAUAACCGAGUGUAUAAUCAAAUAAUGAGAAACAAGAAUCAGAUAUGAAACCCAUGGAAGAUGAUGAAUUCAUUAAUCCUUCGAAAGAAGAAGUAAAAGAAGCAGCUAAAAAAUAUGAUCUAAACAAAGAUCUAUCUUUUGAAAUUAGAGCACUUAAUAAAAUUUAAAAAUCUUCCAGUGUCAAGGAUUAAUACAUUCCUGCUAUGAUAAGUCUUAAAGCAAAAGAAAACUAUAUUGAAGCAAAUGAUUUGAGUAAUAGAGUUGGAGUAGAUUUGGUAAAAUAUAUAUUUAUAAUAAGAUUUGUUUAAUCGAUAAAAGUGGUAGUAUGAUGGGUGAGAAAAUUGAGAUGGUCAGAUAAACAUUAAUGGUUUUACUUAAUUUUUUAGGAGCAAAGGAUAGGUUAUAAUUGAUUAUUUUUAAUCAUUGUGCAGAAAGAAUAACUCCUUUAAAAUGUAUAACUGAGGAAAAUAGGGGAUAUUUUGAAGAAAAAAUCAAAGGAAUUAAUGCAACUGGAAAUACUGAUAUAUCUAGUGCAACCUAAAUUGCUUUUUAACAAUUGAAAGAUAGAAAAUAUAGAAAUAAUGUUACUUCUAUAUUUUUAUUAUCAGAUGGUCAAGACGAUUAAGCUUUUACUAAUAUUAAAUAACAAAUAAAUUAAGUUGAAGAAGUUUUCACUUUACAUACCUUUGGAUUUGGUAAAGAUAAUGAUGCUAAAAUGAUGACAUCAAUCAGUAAUCUCAAAGACGGUAGCUUCUAUUUUGUUUAGGAAAUAAAUUUAUUGGAUGAAUUUUUUGUAGAUGCUUUGGGUGAAUUAGUAUCAGUAAUUGGUGAAAAAAUAUAAAUUUAAUUAUAAAUUACAUCUUAACCUCCUUUUUAAGAUGUUAAAAUAUCUAAGACCUUUGGUACUAUGUGGAAUUAAAACGAAGCUAAAUAUUAAAUCCUAGUACCAUAAUUAGCUUGUGGUACAAGAAAAGAUUAUGUAUUUGAAUUAAUGCUCCCAUAAAUUAAUUUUUAAAUUAAUGACAAUUAAAGAAAUGUAAAUGUAUUAGAAGCUUAACUUACAAUUACUGACCCUUAAAGUAAAUAGGUGAUUUAAAAACAAGACAUUCUUGAAUUAGUUAUUCUUAAUGAAAAUGAUGAACUUAAUUAAAAUGAAGAUGAUAUAGAUGUAUAAUGCUAAUAUUUCAGAGUCAAAGGAACAGAUGUAAUCAAUUCUGCUAGAUAACUAUGUGAGAGCAAUUAAAAUGAUAAAGCUCUAACUUUGAUCAAGAAUAUCCUGAUACAAAUUAAAAGUAAAGAAAAAGUAGCUGCUUCAAAUGAAUGUUAAGGUAUUAUUCAGGAUUUGGAAUAAGCAUUAUCAGCUUCUCAAAAAAAAGAGUAUGUUGAUUAUGGUAGGGCUUAAAUGAUUUAGAUGGUUAAUAACAAUUACUAAUAAAAAGGAAUCAAUUCAUAAUUUUAUAAUGGACUACAAAUAUAAUAGUAGAUUCCAGCUUAAAAUUAAAAUUUUUGUUAAAAUCAAAUGAUGCAAUUUGUCUAAAUUAACAAACCUCCCUAAAUUAAUUUUCCAGGAUCCAAAUAACAACCAAAAUGA